GGCUGUGCUGCUGAGGCGCUUCCUCGGGCUCGCCGGGUGGGAGGAGAGGAGGAGGAGGAGGUGGAGGAGGAGGAGGCAGAGAGGGUGGAGAGAGAAAGCCACGCCGAGAGGAGGUGUGGGUGUUCCGCUUCCAUCCUAAAGGAACGAGCUCCCGCUUCGCAGCAUGGGAUUACCCGGCAGCUGCUGACCCCGCUCCUCGCCCUGCGCCCCCAAACCGGCGUGGCUCCCCGGGCAGCAAGGAGCUGACGGCUGCCCGCAGGACUCGCACCCCUGGCGGGACACGCUCUGGCAGCGGAGUGCCUGACCGGGGUCAGGCUUUUCGAGAAAGACAUGUCUGACAAGAUGUCGAGUUUCCUGCACAUCGGGGACAUAUGCUCCCUGUACGCGGAGGGAUCCACAAACGGCUUCAUCAGCACGUUGGGGCUGGUUGACGAUCGCUGUGUUGUGCAGCCGGAAACUGGAGACCUAAACAAUCCGCCCAAGAAGUUCAGAGACUGCCUGUUCCGGCUCUGCCCCAUGAACCGCUACUCCGCGCAGAAGCAGUUCUGGAAGGCGGCCAAGCCCGGCGCCAACAGCACCACGGAUGCCGUGCUGCUCAACAAGCUGCACCACGCGGCCGACCUCGAGAAGAAGCAGAACGAGACGGAGAACAGGAAGCUGCUAGGGACCGUCAUCCAGUACGGCAACGUGAUCCAGCUCCUGCAUCUGAAAAGUAACAAGUACCUGACUGUGAACAAGCGGCUGCCGGCCCUGCUGGAGAAGAACGCCAUGCGCGUGACGCUGGACGAGGCGGGGAACGAGGGCUCCUGGUUCUACAUCCAGCCCUUCUACAAGCUGCGGUCCAUCAGGGACAGUGUCAAUUCCGUCAACUGCAACACCAGCUGGAAGGUCGUGCUGUUCAUGAAGUGGAGCGACAACAUGCGGCUGUUCCACGCGGAGCAGGAGAAGUUCCUCACCUGCGACGAGCACCGGAAGCAGCAGCACGUCUUCCUGCGGACGACCGGCCGGCAGUCGGCCACGUCGGCCACCAGCUCCAAGGCCCUGGGGGAGGGGGAGGUGGUCCAGCACGACCCGUGUCGGGGAGGCGCCGGGUACUGGAACAGCCUCUUCCGGUUCAAGCACCUGGCCACCGGGCACUACUUGGCAGCAGAGGCGGACCCCGACCAGGACGCCUCCCGCAGCCGGCUGCGCAACGCCCAGGAGAAGAUGGUGUACUCCCUGGUGUCGGUGCCCGAGGGCAACGACAUCUCCUCCAUCUUCGAGCUGGACCCCACCACCCUCCGCGGAGGCGACAGCCUGGUCCCCAGGAACUCCUACGUGCGGCUCAGACACCUGUGCACCAACACCUGGGUGCACAGCACCAACAUCCCCAUCGACAAGGAGGAGGAGAAGCCUGUGAUGCUGAAGAUCGGCACCUCGCCCGUGAAGGAGGACAAGGAGGCCUUCGCCAUCGUGCCGGUCUCCCCUGCGGAGGUCCGGGACCUGGACUUCGCCAACGAUGCCAGCAAGGUGCUGGGCUCCAUCGCGGGGAAGCUGGAGAAGGGCACCAUCACGCAGAACGAGAGGAGGUCGGUGACCAAGCUGCUCGAAGACUUGGUGUACUUCGUCACCGGGGGCACCAACUCCGGGCAGGACGUGCUGGAGGUGGUCUUCUCCAAGCCCAACCGCGAGCGGCAGAAGCUGAUGCGGGAGCAGAACAUCCUCAAGCAGAUCUUCAAGUUGCUGCAGGCCCCGUUCACGGACUGCGGGGACGGCCCGAUGCUGCGGCUGGAGGAGCUGGGCGACCAGCGGCAUGCCCCGUUCCGGCACAUCUGCCGGCUCUGCUACCGGGUCCUCCGGCACUCGCAGCAGGACUACAGGAAGAACCAGAGAGUGGGGCUCCCCGAGCCGCACCCCGCUCCGUGCACAGGACAUGCUUGCCGCUCUCUCUCCCGCAGGUUCUUAGACUACCUGUCCGACCUGUGUGUGUCCAUGAACAAGUCCAUCCCGGUGACGCAGGAGCUCAUCUGCAAAGCGGUGCUCAACCCAGCCAACGCCGACAUCCUGAUCGAGACCAAGCUGGUCCUUUCCCGCUUCGAGUUCGAAGGGGUGUCCUCGGGGGAGAGCGCGCUGGAGGCGGGCGAGGACGAGGAGGAGGUGUGGCUGUUCUGGAGGGACAGCAGCAAGGAGACCCGCAGCAAGAGCGUGCGGGAGCUGGCGCAGGACGCCAAGGAGGGCCAGAAGGAGGACCGCGACGUGCUUAGCUACUACCGGUACCAGCUGAACCUCUUCGCCAGGAUGUGUCUGGACCGCCAGUACCUGGCCAUCAACGAGAUCUCCGGCCAGCUGGACGUGGACCUCAUCCUGCGCUGCAUGUCGGACGAGAACCUGCCCUACGACCUGAGGGCCUCCUUCUGCCGCCUCAUGCUCCACAUGCACGUGGACCGAGACCCGCAGGAGCAGGUCACGCCCGUGAAGUACGCCCGCCUCUGGUCCGAGAUCCCAUCGGAGAUCGCCAUUGAUGACUAUGACAGCAACGGGGCCUCCAAAGAUGAGAUUAAGGAGCGGUUCGCGCAGACCAUGGAGUUUGUGGAGGAGUACCUCCGAGAUGUGGUGUGCCAGAGGUUCCCUUUCUCAGAUAAGGAGAAGAACAAGCUGACGUUCGAGGUUGUGAACUUAGCGAGGAAUCUCAUCUACUUUGGUUUCUACAACUUCUCUGACCUUCUGCGAUUGACCAAAAUCCUCCUGGCCAUCCUGGACUGCGUGCACGUGACCACCAUCUUCCCCAUCAGCAAGAUGGCGAAGGGAGAAGAGAACAAAGGCAGCAACGUGAUGCGGUCCAUCCACGGGGUCGGGGAGCUGAUGACCCAGGUGGUGCUACGGGGAGGGGGCUUCUUGCCCGUGACCCCCAUGGCCGCCGCCCCCGAAGGCAACGUGAAGCAGGCGGAGCCAGAGAAGGAGGACAUCAUGGUCAUGGACACCAAGCUGAAGAUCAUUGAGAUCCUGCAGUUUAUCUUGAACGUGAGGCUGGACUACAGGAUCUCCUGCCUCCUGUGCAUAUUUAAGCGCGAGUUCGACGAGAGCAAUUCCCAGACGUCGGAGGCGUCCUCGGGCAGCAGCAGCCAGGAGGCGCCCGGCAGCGUGCCCGGCGCUCUGGACUUUGAGCACAUUGAGGAGCAAGCGGAGGGCAUCUUCGGAGGAAGUGAGGAGAACACCCCGCUGGACCUGGACGACCACGGCGGCAGGACCUUCCUCCGGGUCCUGCUGCACCUGACGAUGCACGACUACCCGCCCCUGGUGUCGGGGGCCCUGCAGCUGCUCUUCCGGCACUUCAGCCAGCGGCAGGAGGUGCUGCAGGCCUUCAAGCAGGUUCAACUGCUGGUUACCAGUCAGGACGUGGACAACUACAAGCAGAUCAAGCAGGACCUGGACCAGCUGAGGUCCAUCGUGGAGAAGUCCGAGCUCUGGGUGUACAAGGGGCAGGGCCCCGACGAGGCCAUGGACGGCGUGUCUGGGGAAAAUGAGCACAAGAAGGCGGAGGAGGGGAGCAAGGCCCCGAAGCACGAGAGCACGAGCAGCUACAACUACCGGGUGGUCAAGGAGAUCCUGAUCCGGCUCAGCAGGCUGUGCGUGCAGGAGGGCGCGUCCGUGCGCAAGAGCCGGAAGCAGCAGCAGCGGCUGCUCAGGAACAUGAGCGCGCACGCCGUGGUGCUGGAGCUGCUGCAGAUCCCCUACGAGAAGAUCCUGGAGGCGGUGACCAUGCAGCACAUCUUCAUGAACAACUUCCAGCUCUGCAGCGAGAUCAACGAGCGGGUGGUCCAGCACUUCGUGCACUGCAUCGAGACGCACGGCCGCAGUGUGCAGUACAUCAAGUUCCUGCAGACCAUCGUCAAGGCCGAAGGGAAGUUCAUCAAGAAGUGCCAGGACAUGGUCAUGGCCGAGCUGGUGAACUCCGGCGAGGACGUGCUCGUGUUCUACAACGACCGGGCCUCCUUCCAGACGCUGAUCCAGAUGAUGCGGUCAGAGCGGGACCGCAUGGACGAGAACAGCCCGCUCAUGUACCACAUCCACCUGGUGGAGCUGCUGGCCGUGUGCACCGAGGGCAAGAACGUCUACACCGAGAUCAAGUGCAACUCCCUGCUGCCGCUGGACGACAUCGUGCGCGUGGUGACCCACGAGGACUGCAUUCCCGAGGUCAAGAUCGCCUACAUCAACUUCCUGAACCACUGCUACGUGGACACCGAGGUGGAGAUGAAGGAGAUCUACACCAGCAACCACAUGUGGAAGCUGUUCGAGAAUUUCCUCGUGGACAUCUGCAGGGCCUGCAACAACACGAGUGACCGGCGGCACGCGGACUCCAUCCUGGAGAAGUACCGGGACUCGGUGCUGGCCGCCUCCCGGGACUACCGCAACAUCAUCGAGCGGCUGCAGGACAUCGUCUCGGCGCUGGAGGACCGGCUGCGGCCGCUGGUGCAGGCUGAGCUGUCGGUGCUGGUGGACGUGCUGCACCGGCCGGAGCUGCUCUUCCCAGAGAACACGGACGCCCGGAGGAAGUGCGAGAGCGGGGGCUUCAUCUGCAAGCUGAUAAAACACACCAAACAGCUGCUGGAGGAGAACGAGGAGAAGCUGUGCAUUAAGGUCCUGCAGACGCUGCGGGAGAUGAUGACCAAGGACCGCGGCUACGGCGAGAAGCUCAUUUCCAUUGAUGAACUGGAGAACGCCGAGCUGCCGCAGGCCCCGGACCCCGAGAGCUCCACAGAGGAGGCCGAGCCGAGUCCACCCCUGAGGCAACUGGAGGACCAUAAACGGGGUGAGGCGCUCAGGCAAAUUUUGGUCAACCGUUACUAUGGCAACGUCAGACCUUCGGGAAGAAGAGAGAGCCUCACCAGCUUCGGCAACGGCCCGCUGUCGGGGGGCCCUGGGGAGCCCCUGGGGUAGGCGGGCCGGGGCGGCUCCGGGUCCAGCUCCAUGAGCCGCGGCGAGAUGAGCCUGGCCGAGGUCCAGUGCCACCUGGACAAGGAGGGCGCCUCCAACCUGGUCAUCGACCUCAUCAUGAACGCAUCCAGCGACCGCGUGUUCCACGAGAGCAUCCUCCUGGCCAUCGCCCUUCUGGAAGGAGGCAACACCACCAUCCAGCACUCCUUCUUCUGCCGGCUGACGGAAGACAAGAAGUCGGAGCGAUUCUUCAAGGUCUUCUACGACCGCAUGAAGGUGGCCCAGCAGGAAAUCAAGGCCACGGUGACGGUGAACACGAGCGACUUGGGAAACAAGAAGAAAGACGAGGAGACGGACCGGGACGCCCCUUCCCGGAAGAAAGCCAAAGAGCCCUCGACGCAGAUCACGGAGGAGGCCCGCGACCAGCUCCUGGAGGCCUCGGCUGCCACCAGGAAGGCCUUCACCGCCUUCCGGAGAGAGGCCGACCCCGACGACCACUACCAGUCCGGGGAGGGCGCGCAGGCCGCGGCCGACAAGCCCAAGGACGAGCUGGAGAUGAGCGCAGUCAUCACCAUCAUGCAGCCCAUCCUGCGCUUCCUGCAGCUGCUGUGCGAGAACCACAACCGGGACCUGCAGAACUUCCUCCGCUGCCAGAACAACAAGACCAACUACAACCUGGUGUGCGAGACGCUGCAGUUCCUGGACUGCAUCUGCGGCAGCACCACGGGCGGCCUGGGGCUGCUCGGCCUCUACAUCAACGAGAGGAACGUGGCGCUCAUCAACCAGACGCUGGAGCCACUGCUUGUCGAUGGCGUCGCGUGCGUGCGUGUGUGUGCACAUGUGCACGCCUGUGCCUGCGUGUGCAUGUGCGUGCCUGUGUUUCCUCAGAACUGCAUCGCCACCCACGAGUCCAACGGCAUCGACAUCAUCACGGCCCUGAUCCUGAACGACAUCAACCCGCUGGGGAAGAAGCGGAUGGACCUGGUGCUGGAGCUGAAGGCAAAUGGGGGGAGGUUGCCAUUGUCCCUUCUAGAGGAGAGGGCGUGAGCACACGGGGGUGCUGCCGAUGGAGGCCCCAGGGCCCUGACGGAGCCGCUUCCCGGGUCCUCCCUGCAGGUGGAGGUGAUCAAGAAGGCCUACCUGCAGGGGGAGGGGGAGGAGGAGCCGGAGGAGGGAGAGAACGAGGAGAACAGCGAGGACGGAGCGGCCUCCCCCCGGAUCGUGGGCCACAACAUCUACAUCUUAGCUCACCAGCUGGCGCGGCACAACAAGGAGCUGCAGAGCAUGCUGAAGCCGGGGGGCCAGGUGGACGGGGACGAGGCCCUGGAGUUCUAUGCCAAGCACACGGCCCAGAUCGAGAUCGUCCGGCUGGACCGCACCAUGGAGCAGAUCGUCUUCCCCGUGCCCAGCAUCUGCGAGUUCCUCACCAAGGAGUCCAAACUGCGCAUCUACUACACCACCGAGCGCGACGAGCAGGGCAGCAAGAUCAACGACUGCGGGGCGCAGGGAGGGCACACAGUGGGCGCGAGUGACUCCCAGCGGUAUGAUCGCGACGCCCCCACUGCUGGUGGACGCUCACCUGCCCCCCACGUCCUCGCAGCCCAGCCCGUGCUGUACUGGUGCGCCCGCAACAUGUCCUUCUGGAGCAGCAUCUCCUUCAACCUGGCCGUGCUCAUGAACCUGCUCGUGGCCUUCUUCUACCCGUUCCGCGGCGCCCGGGGAGGGACGCUGGAGCCGCACUGGUCGGGGCUGCUGUGGACGGCCAUGCUCGUCUCGCUGGCCAUCGUCAUCGCGCUCCCCAAACCCCACGGCAUCCGGGCGCUGAUCGCGUCCACGAUUCUGCGGCUCAUCUUCUCCGUGGGGCUGCAGCCCACGCUGUUCCUCCUGGGCGCUUUCAACGUCUGCAACAAAAUCAUCUUCCUGAUGAGCUUCGUGGGCAACUGCGGCACGUUCACGCGGGGCUACCGCGCCAUGGUGCUGGACGUGGAGUUCCUCUACCACCUGCUCUACCUGCUCAUCUGCGCUCUCGGGCUCUUCGUGCAUGAGUUCUUCUACAGCCUGCUGCUCUUUGACCUGGUGUACAGAGAGGAGACGCUGCUCAACGUCAUCAAGAGCGUCACCCGCAACGGGCGCUCCAUCAUCCUGACGGCGGUGCUGGCGCUGAUCCUGGUCUACCUCUUCUCCAUCGUGGGCUACCUCUUCUUCAAGGCCGACUUCCUGCUGGAGGUGGACCCGCUGCCCAACGACACCGCCCUCCCAGAGGCCGGCGAGAGCUUGGCCAGCGAGUUCCUGUUCUCGGACGUGUGCCGGGUGGGGGCUGGGGAGAACUGCUCCUCUCCUGCACCCCAGGAAGCGCUGCGCCCGGCCGAGGAGCCGGAGCAGGACAAGGAGCACACGUGCGAGACCCUGCUGAUGUGCAUCGUCACCGUGCUGAGCCACGGGCUGCGGAGCGGCGGCGGCGUGGGGGAGGUGCUCACCGAGCCCUCCUUCCAGGAGCCCCUGUUCGCCGCCCGCGUCAUCUACGACCUGCUCUUCUUCUUCAUGGUCAUCAUCAUCGUGCUGAACCUCAUCUUCGGGGUCAUCAUCGACACCUUCGCCGACCUGAGGAGCGAGAAGCAGAAGAAGGAGGAGAUCCUCAAGACGACGUGCUUCAUCUGCGGCCUGGAAAGGGACAAGUUUGACAACAAGACUGUCACCUUCGAGGAGCACAUCCAGGAGGAGCACAACAUGUGGCACUACCUGUGCUUCAUCGUCCUGGUGAAGGUGAAGGACUCCACGGAGUACACGGGCCCCGAGAGCUACGUGGCCGAGAUGAUCCAGGAGAGAAAUCUCGACUGGUUCCCCCGGAUGAGAGCCAUGUCCCUGGUCAGCAGCGACUCGGAGGGCGAGCAGAACGAGCUGCGGAACCUGCAGGAGAAGCUCGAGUCCACCAUGAAGCUCGUCUCCAACCUCUCGGGCCAGCUGUCCGAGCUCAAGGACCAGAUGACGGAACAGAGGAAGCAGAAGCAGCGGAUCGGCCUCCUGGGACACCCUCCGCACAUGAACGCCAACCCCCAGCAGCCCACUCGCCCCGCGCGGCUCCGGCUGCGCCCGGGGCAUCUGUAAAUACUCCGUUUAUACUGGAUGUACAUGAUCGCUACUCUCGAGGCUGGAUGUACGUAUUGUAAUUAGAAUUGGCGCGGUGACCUUUCAUGUGUGCCAAAAUAUAUUAAAAAUGCCUUUUUUUGGAAAGGACUACAGAAAGCACCUGAUUUGCACUUGAACCAGAGUAUAGAUUUAAAGCUAUAGGACAUGUAUUUUGUAUUUAAAUCUAGAAUAGCCAGUAUUUAUGUUUUUUAUAAACUGUGCAAUACGGUUACGCGAUCACAGCGACCUUGUAGCCCCCGAGCGCCCCGGAGGGAGCCCGCGUCUUAGGAGCUGGCGUGUUCAUAUUAUGUGACAAAUGUCUAACGAUGCUGCUGCCAAAACGUAGUGCCGGGGCGCGCAGGCCCGGGCCGUGCCACGGGGGCUCCUGUGGGGACAGCGUUGGCCGUCACUGGCAGCGUCGGCGCCCCAGGCCUGCGAAGCGGCAAGUCCGCCUUCAUUUUAAGGAGCAACUUCAGCUUCAAAGAUCCUUUUAAGCUUCCAAAUGGCUCGUUUAAACUAUUUCUUGGCCCAAGAGCUAAACUAGAGGCUCAGACGUUAGCUUGUGAAGUGAAUAGACUUUCUUAAAGGGGUCAAUGCAUCCCACUGGCCAGUCGAUGUCCGCUCCGGGCGAAUGUUGGUGUCGCGCUAUAAAACACGCCAUCGCGGGUCCCUAGGUUAUCUGGUCCCAACGGUAGGUGGUUUUUCCCUUCGUCUGAACCUACGUGCUGCGGAGCUGCGCGGUGUUCCCAUGCAGCCCGCAGAGAGGUGAAGGGGCUCCUCCCGUGGGAGCUCCGCGCCAACACGGACACGUGGUUCUGUGAAAGAGCCUCGUUCUGGCUUUCUCUCUGUCGCGCGGCUUCUCCUGCGGGUGGCUGGAGGGUGAGAGGAGACGUCAGGUCUGUGCUGAGUUUCGUACCUGGAUCUCAUUUUACAAGGGGCUCUUCUGCAAAAAAAAAAAAGUUUUAAAAAUGUGUUGAAAGCAGAGUUCCAGCGAGUGACGUCUGUAAAUGCCUGUGUGAGGAUAAGUGUUUAAUAAACGAUGCAGACCACGGA